AUGGCCGCUAAAUCACAGGCUCAGCCUGUCAAAGAGAACCAGACAAUCUAUUGCAACAACCUCCCCGACCAGAUCCCCAAAGAUGACCUCAAGCGUAAUUUGUACAUGCUUUUUGCGACAUACGGCGUUAUCCUCGACAUAAUAGCUUUGAAGACACCCCAGAUGAGGGGCCAGGCGCACAUUGUAUUCCGAGAUAUCGAUUCGAGCACGCAGGCGAUGCGUGCGCUGAACGGCUUCAAUUUCUUCGGCAAGGAGAUGCGGAUACAAUACGCCAAGAGCAAGUCUGACACCAUCGCUAAACUGGACGGCACAUUCAAGAUUCCUGUGAAGGAGGAGCCCGCGAAGCCUGUGGAGCAGCCCUCGACUGCUCACGAAGCCGUGUUUGGAUCCGCAGCGCCUGCAAAGGCCAAACCUAUGAACGCACCCGAAGACAGUACGAAGGGUGUGAAGAGGGGUAGGGACGAGGAGAGUGAGGAUGAAGACGACGAUGCAGCUAUGGAUGUGUCCGAUUCGGAUUAA